AUCCUGGCAUCCCUCUCUGGCCACGUCAAAGAGCAAGUCCGCAUAUAUACUGAAAGCGGACCACAUUCCGAUAGAUGCAAGUGUCGAGGAAAAUAACCCUACGAAGCUGCUCCGAUGCUUGCGCUAUACACCUUUCGUUACGUCUCUGGGGAGAAUAUACCCCGCAUACCAAAGACAAGCUACAGACGGAAGCAAUACCGGCGCAUCUACGCCACGUGUGCUGUCGAUGACGGCGAGAGCAAGCAUCUCGCUCUCUCGCCAAACUCCACCAUUUCAAUACCUGCACGCAAUACAUCCACUGUACACACCCGGCUCUAUGCGGAGCACAAAAACACGAGCGACGAGCUUAUAGCAUCCAAAGAUUUCUCGGUGCAGGAAGUUCUGUUUGAUCAACCUUUUCGACUUGAUCUUGCGGACGAGCAAAGCGCCUCGAACGUAUCGAUUCAUCUGACUCUGAGGAUCACGACUGAAGACGUUGGUAUUAUAGACUCUGCUCAGCUUACCACGGUGUUCUCCUUGUCCGACAAGUGGAAGAGAAUGGAUAAGUAUGUACGACUGGCACUUCAGAUUGGUAGUGUACCUGCAGAGAUCAACCCAAUCUCCAAGGCAAUCCUCAAGCUCUUGAGCAUCGGUGCAGAUGAGUUCUUCAGGAGACUCGAACGUAACGAUGCCGUCCUAUCGCUCGUGGAGGAGAUGGGUCAGGCGAGCGAGUACGCUCUCAAUCUAGACGAUCCGAUUGCUCGAGCUCAGAGGAUCAAGCAAAAAGCCGCCCGCGAUGCGCUCAUAAUGCAUAUCUAUCGCUGCUUGAUAUUUCUACGAAAUUUAACCAGCUCGGGCAUGACCGCUCGUCUGUCUUCUGGCACAAAUGCCGAAGUCGAGGAACUGAUCAAAGGCCUGAAGGCGUGCGCGAAGGCUGUUGAGCGUAAAGGCCACAUGGAUACCCAGCUGUCCAUAUUCAGGACAGAGCGGCUGGCGAAAGAGAUCGUCGACGAGAGAACACUGGAGCGCCUUCCUUAUGCGAAGGAGGUACAUGCUGGCACGACUAGCAGUUGCCUUCCCGGCACUCGGGUCAAUCUGCUCCGCGAGAUCGAGGACUGGGCUUUCGACCCUGACGGCCAACGAGCGCUUAUCUUGUAUGGCGCAGCGGGGAAAGGCAAGUCGGCCGUCGCCCAUGCCGUUGCGAUGCGUCUCAGAGGCAUGGGGACUUAUGCACCUUUCUUUGCCUUUGACCGGACCGCUCGCGAUCGAGAGGCCUACCAGCUACUACCGACGCUUGCUGUGCAGCUCGCGCGCCGAAACAAGGAAUGCCACGAUAUCUUGUGCAAGAUGGAAGCCGACGAUCUGUCAACGCGCGAUAUCAAAGACCAAUCGGACCGGCUGGUUGUUGGCCUGCUACCAGUCGUCUUGAUCUUGACGCCACUUGUACUGGUAAUUGAUGCUCUCGACGAGUGCCCGAACGAAGACGCGACGGACGAAACUCGCAGCUUGCGUCUAGCUGCUGAUCGCAGAACGCUUCUCGAGACUCUCAACGCUCUCAUCGCUGACGAACGCUUACCACGCAACGUUCGAUUGUUGAUUACUACUCGACCCGACGACGACAUACGGCUAUACGUUGCGCACCCCACGCCACUACUCAAGCUCUGCUCCAUCGACGGUGCCGAAGACACGGAUCGGGAUAUCCGGCUAUUCGUGGAGGAGAAGCUAUCGCGCACUGCCGUCAGUGGCAUGAUAGACGACGUCGUUGCCGCAUCGCAAACUCUUUUCGAAUGUGCUGCCCUGCUCUGCAGAGAGCUGACGAAGGUGCGCAAACCGAGAGUCGUGUUGCGCCGUGAUGAUCUCGUUGCGCGCGUCAUGCGCAAUCCGGGCCAGGCAUUAUACACGACCUACCGUGCGAUAUUAGAAUCUCACUUCGACGUCGACGAUGUCGAGGUCAUGGCUGCCUACAGGCGCAUUCUCGCUUGGAUACUACUCGCGGAAACCCCGCAGAGGCGGGAGACAUUCUCUGAAAUUGCCGAAGUCCUCCUUUCCGGGUUUGACGUCGAUGACCUCUUCUCUGGACUAGGAUCACUCUUGAUGGGCACCGUUGCAGGGAGCCAGCACCCAGUACGCGCUCUUCAUACCUCCUUCCAUGAUUUCGUCCUCGACAGUGAUGCCAGCGGUCCAUUUGCCAUUUCUCUUCGCGCCGAGUCGCACCUGGACCUCGUGGACGCGUGUCUCCAGAUCCUCAAUAGCGGUUUGCGCUUCAACAUCUGCUGUCUGCCUUCCUCAUUCGAUCUCAACGAUGCUAUUCUUGAUCUGCCCCAGCGAGUGAACGAGCACGUCUCUCCGGGCUUGCAGUACGCGUGCCGUGCCGCCGCUAGUCAUCUCGUCCACAGCACAGGUGCGAAGCCAGGCGCUCGCAUGCCACGCAUUCGACGCAGCGUCGAGCGCUUCUUCGAGGAGAAACUCUUGUUUUGGAUGGAGGCGUGCAGCUGUAUGCGAUUGGGACCCGAUGUUCCCACCGCAGAGCUGCAGCGAUAUCUUGUUUGGAUCAAGAACAAUAACGCAGAGGGACUCGAGGCUCUAGCGAGGGAUGCCAUCAAGUUUGACAAUCGCUUUCGGGACGCUAUCGCAGCCUCUGCGCCCCAAGUCUAUAUCAGCGGAUUGGUCUUUUUGCCGCGCCGAUCGCAGGUCCGCCGCGCAUACAGAAGAUCAUUCUCGCACUUGUGCAAGCUCGCAGGGAACGCGCCGGAGGACGACUGGCCGCCAGGCGAGCCUUUCAUUAUUCACACUCCUGCGGAGGUACUCGCGAUGUCCAUCUCGCCGGAUGGUCAAUACAUUGCAUCAGGCUUAAAAGACGGCACUGUAUGCGUGUGGGGUGCGAUCACGGGUCGGCAGGUCGGAGCUGCGCACAGAGGGCAUGAAGAUAUCGUGAGCGCUGUCGCCUACUCGCCAAACGGAGAAGUCAUUGCUUCGGCAUCCAAGGACCGUACAAUACGCUUAUGGGAAGCUUCGACUGGCAUGCAGAUUUGCGGCACCCUCACGGGGCACACACAUCAUGUCUACUCCGUCGUGUUCUCACCCGAUGGCAAGCGCUUGGCCUCUGCUUCGAAUGACUGCACCGUUCGAUUGUGGGAUCCUGCGAUCGGGAAGCAGAUUGGCUUGACGAUGGGUGCGCACACGAAGUCUGUUUGGUCCGUCGCGUUCUCGCCCGAUGGCAAGGUCCUCGCUUCUGGAUCAGAGGAUUGUACUAUCCGACUAUGGGACACAGCUACUUGCCAACAACUCGGCGAGCCUCUUCGUAGCCAGUAUGAGAGCGUCACAUCUGUUGCGUUCUCUUGCGACGGCAAGCAUCUCAUGACAUGCACAGGCAAUACUACCGUUCGAAUCUGGGAUGUCGCAUCGAGGCAGCAGGUCCGCGAGGCGUUGGGACAUGGCGCAUGGCCGGUCUCUAUCGCCUUCUCGCCAGAUGGCAGCCGAGUCGCGUCGGGCGCUCUGGAUGACUCGGUUCGGCUGUGGGAUGUCGAAAGUGGAUGCCAAGUCGGGGAGGCGCUCGAGGGACACGAUGACGCUGUUACUGCUGUUGCGUUCUCGCCGGACGGCACGCACAUCGUAUCUGGCUCGACGGACUGCACGAUCAGGAUCUGGGAGCUCCCGAGCGUCCAGCACAAGUCGCCUCCCAAGCAUCAUAAUCGCCAGGACAUUUGUCUGAGUAUCACCUUCUCCCCGGAUGGCAGGCUUAUCGCCUCUGCCAUGCUCGACGGCACUAUCGUACUCUGGGACGCGUCUACGGGGCAGCAGGUUGGCUACGUUCUUCGAGGUCACGAGGACAGGGUCACCUCGGUCUCGUUCUCACCAGAUGGCCGGUAUCUCGCUUCGGGAUCCUUCGACUGCACUGUGCGCUUGUGGGAUGUAGGUACUGGGCAGCGCGUGGGCGCCGUCAGACGGGAGCCUAGCGAUGUCCAUCGUGUGCACCACGUCACGUUCUCCCCUGACGGCAAGCACGUCUUGUCGGGAUCGGACUACGGCUCGCUCAGAAUAUGGACCGCCGCGGUGAAAACACAGGGGUACAAAGUUCGCACUAUCUGGCCUUCCGACUCGAUGAACGCGGUUCUCUCUGCGGCGUACUCUCCAGACGGGAGCCGCAUCGCUUGCGCGGUGCAGAACGACCCGGGUGUUCACCUUUGCGAUGCUUCGUCGGGAAGCCGUGUAGGCACAGCGUUCAGUGGACAUAGUGGCACCAUCACUGUCGUGGCUUACUCGCCGGAUGGCAAGCUGCUCGCUACCGGCUCAGAGGACCAUACCGUGAGAGUAUGGGAUGCCAUGACUGGUCAUCCGGUCGUCGACGCGCAGACAGGCCAUGCCGCCGCGAUCACAUACGUCUCGUUCUCUCCAGAUGGCGGGCGCGUCAUCUCCUGCGCCAACGAUGGCACUAUCCGAGUCUGGGACACGAUGACGGGGAAGCAGAUCGGAUCAGCCCUCAGAGGCCACUAUGCGGCGGUCGACUCGGUCGCCUUCGCGCCAGACGGACGGCACGUCGUGAGCAGUGCCGUCAACUGCUCAGUGAGGAUGUGGGAUACGCGCGCCGACGAAGAGGACUGGAUUAGGCGCCACUCAGAGUCAGCCCCACCAGGCCAGACUAUGGACCCACCGCGUAGCAACUUUGAGUUGGCUUCAAACCUGUCCCUCGAUGAUUCGGGCUGGCUGAAGGCGGGCUCGGCGCAUGUGCUCUGGGUGCCACAACACUUGCGUCGCCUGCGCUUCGCGUGUUCUCCACAACAUGUGAUGUUCAUCCCUCCGACUCAGCCCCACGUCGAUAUCGAUGUUUGCGACGCUGCGCUUGGGCGAGAUUGGGCUCAGAUCUUUGUAUCGGGUUAACGAUCGUCAAAGAAAAUGACGUGUGAUAGAUCCUUGUGUAUGAUUCGAAGCACCCAAGUACAUCUAGAAAAUUAUAAGGCGUAGGCAUUCAGUCCGUCAUUAUGUCCCUCAAAGUCGUCUUAGGGGGUUAUUCCUGCCGUGAAGUCAUCGUUCACCCCGUAGGGAGACAUCGCGCGAGCGUAAGCCAUAUACCAUACGGUUCCGCCUACGUCUUAUGCGCAUACCGGCUCUUCGACCGGAUUUUCUUCCCGUAGUACCAGAAGAUCCACGGCCUGAAAGUAGUCUCGUCAGCAUACGAUCACAUGAGAGGUCGAGGUCACUCACGCAGGACAACCGACGAUGAUCGCCACGAAAGCUAACAGCGUAUCCCCCCACCCCAC